GGUGUCACAGUGAGUUCAUAGAGUCGGGCGUCAUUAAGGGUGUGCGCGCGCUCACAGAAGUGUCUUUUGGUCGAGAGAGAGAAAGAGAGGAACAUCCACAGAUGUGCGAAGAGGGUCAUUAUAGGGGUUUGCUUUAGUUUACGUGCUUAGUUUUAUGACGCAAAAGUAAUAUCGACAAGAAGUGUCUAUUGCGCAGGCAUUGCGGAUAAUGAUCUCAGUGCGCACUGAGCGGAUUUUUACGCGGAGUCGCCAGGAACCUGCGGAAAACUGCAGCUCUCCAAAACUCGCCUGAACGAUCCACCGGAGUUCAAAACUGUCGGAAUCACACGGAAAUAAGUCAAACAUUUAAAAAAUGACUAUAGACCUAACCUUGGCGCAUCCAACUACGCGCGUUUGGUGAUUUGUAAAUCAGCAGCUGGUGUCUGGACGGAUGUUUGGCGUAAACGAGCACAAACACGGAGCAGACGCGAAGUGACGGGACACAGAGAUCCGUUUGGAUUUUGGCUACAUUGGAGAUCGUUCAUCAUGGUGUCCGUAACGCGCUUCAGUAAGGCGUUUGUCGACUGCGUGGCUCUUUUGUUCUGCUUGGCCGUCAUGUGUGAGCUGGUUUUGGCUCAGAAUGACACGGAACCCAUCGUCCUGGAGGGCAAGUGUCUGGUGGUUUGUGACUCGAACCCCGCCGACUGGAAGAGCUCCUCCUCGCCGCUGGGCAUCUCCGUGCGCGCCGCCAACUCCAAAGUGGCUUUCUCCGCGGUCAGGAGCAACAACCACGAGCCCUCGGAGAUGAGCAAUAAAACGAGAAUCAUAUAUUUUGACCAGGUUCUUGUGAACAUAGGAAACUAUUUCACGCUGGACUCCGUCUUUCUUUGUCCCCGGAAAGGAAUCUACAGCUUUAACUUCCACGUCAUUAAAGUGUACCAGAGCCAGACUAUACAAGUGAAUUUAAUGCUGAAUGGAAAGCCAGUCAUCUCUGCCUUCGCUGGUGACAAAGACGUCACACGUGAGGCUGCCACCAACGGAGUGCUGCUGCACCUCAACAAAGAAGACAAGGUUUAUCUGAAACUGGAGAAGGGCAAUCUGGUAGGCGGCUGGCAAUACUCCACCUUUUCUGGCUUUCUUGUUUUCCCACUGUAAAGCAAACAGAAAGACUGCCACCUUUUCUGUCCAAUCGUCAUCGUGUAACCAGCCCUUCAGCAUUAAUUGGAGGCUCCCAAAUGGAAUCAUAAUUCCAGACAUUCAUUCAGCUGUUGUCUUCACGGACUGCUGGAAAUACGCAUCAGUGUCGGUGAAUCUGGAGAGAGGACAUCUUCUUCAGUGCAAUAUCACUUUCUUCAUAGAUGCUGGAGGAUCAGCACAUCACGUCAGACUGUUUGUUUGUUUCCUUGUGGAUGUUUGUGUUGCUUUUCUUUAGUAAAAUGAUUAUUAUUAUCUGUUAGCAAGGUCAUUUCCUCUCAGAGAGGAAAUGCACAAAACCGUCCCACCAAGGGAGGGUGCAAUAUUUCAAAAAACCUUGGCCGGCAAAUUUAAAAUAAAUAAAUGCAAAUUU